GGCCGGUUCUGGCUUGUAAUCUCGGCUCGCCGUCACUCGUAAACUGCUGUCGUGGUGGUGUGUGGUGUUUCGUCGCUUUUGUGUUUUGCGAUGCUUCCGCGACCCCGAAAUUUAAAGGUGCCGUCGUGAGACUCAACGCAAUCGCUAACGCUCGCGUGUAACGGCCGGCGUCGGUGUCCCGCUAUCCCCAAUUGAGUCCCAUACACGUAGCGUUCGGUGGUUCGGUCACCCCAAGUCGAAAGUCGUCCAGCGACGGACCUGACAGAUCUCGCGAUCGUGUGAUGCAGCAGCGCUUCUAUCUCUUCACUCGCAGGGUACGAACCACCAGCCGGCCAUCGUCAUGAAGCUAAUGAACUUUAGGCGCAGUCGAAUCAUUAAGCUCAUUCUCGUCGGCGUACUGGUCAUUUUCGGCGUCACUUUCUUCCUCCCAAAGCCGACGGGCAUCGAAACGCAGUACCAGAAACGAGUAAGUCGCUUUUGGCCUUUUGGUGGACGCCGCGGCGGCAAUGAGUCGCUGAAGGACGUUUUUCCGUUUUACCCGAAGAAAAAGGCUGCGCCGUUGCCCGUCUUCAAGGAUAAGGUUCUGGGAAACUUCGAGCCGGCGGUCGCCGAUGUAGUGGACAAGCGUAAACCGGGCGAAGGCGGAUUUCCUUACCACACGCCGCCCAAGCUAAAGAACAACGUGGCCCAUUCGAAUAUGGAGUACGGCAUGAAUGUGGUGGCCAGCGAUCACAUCUCGCCUAACCGGACCAUCCCGGACAUGAGACUGCAGGAGUGCAAGUACUGGGACUACCCGACGGACCUGCCCACGACAAGCGUGGUGGUGGUGUUCCACAACGAGGGGCUCUCGGUGCUGAUGCGGACGGUGCAUAGUGUCAUCAACAGGUCCCCCCGCCAGUUCCUCAAGGAGGUGGUGCUUGUGGACGACUACAGCGACAAAGAAAACCUGAAAGGCGAGCUGGAGACGUACAUAGCGCGGAACUUUCCGGUUGGGCUGGUCCGCCUGCUGCGCAACGAGGAGCGGCAGGGGCUGAUCCGCUCGCGGAGCUACGGCGCGGAGCAGUCCGUCGGGGACGUGGUGCUCUUCCUGGACGCCCACUGUGAGGUGGGCAUCAACUGGCUGCCUCCGCUCCUGGCCCCCAUUCGUGCCAACAGGUACACAAUGACGGUGCCGGUCAUCGACGGCAUUGACAAGGACACGUUUGAGUACCGGCCGGUGUACCAUGGCGGGCAACACUUCCGUGGCAUCUUUGAGUGGGGCAUGCUCUACAAGGAGAUUGAGAUUCCUGAGGAAGAGAUCAAGCGGAGGAAAUACCACAGCGAGCCUUACAAGUCCCCCACUCACGCGGGCGGCCUCUUCGCCAUCGACCGAAAGUACUUCCUUAAACUCGGAGGCUAUGACCCCGGACUGCUGGUGUGGGGUGGAGAGAACUUCGAGCUGUCCUUUAAGAUCUGGCAGUGCGGCGGCAGCAUCUACUGGGUGCCAUGCUCGCGGGUGGGCCACGUGUACCGGGGCUUCAUGCCCUACUCCUUCGGGAAGCUGGCCCACAAGAGGAAAGGCCCCAUCGUCACCGUGAACUACAAGCGCGUGGUGGAGGUGUGGAUGGACGAGUACAAGGAGUACUUCUACACGCGGGAGCCCAUGGCCCGGCACUACGACCCCGGGGACCUGUCGGGGCAGCUGGAGCUGCGCCAGUCCCUGGGCUGCAAGGGCUUCGACUGGUUCAUGAAGAACGUCUCGUACGACGUGCUCAAGAACUUCCCCCUGCUGCCACGCAACAUCCACUGGGGAGAGAUUCGAACCAUGGUGACUGGUCAGUGCCUGGACACCAUGAAUGCCCACCCUCCCUCCACGGUGUCGGUGUCCUCCUGUCACGGGACGGGGGGAAACCAGAUCUUCCGGCUGAAUGCGGAGGGCCAGCUGGGCGUGGGCGAGCGGUGCGUGGACGCCAGCUCACACAGCAUGCAGCUGGUGUUCUGCUCCCUGGGCACGGUGGACGGGCCCUGGGAGUACCGUGUGGAGGCGAAGCAGCUUUACCACAAGCCCCAGAAGAAGUGCCUCGAGUACAACAAGGACGACAGCAGCGUGCGUCUGCGGGAGUGCGCCGACGGCGUCGACCGGCAGAAGUGGACGUUCAAGGAGAUCGUUCCGUCGGACGACUGAUUGAUUCGUGCGGUCUUCCGUCUCGCAUUCCGGCCGUGUCGUCGCGCAAACCGAGGUGGGCGAGGGGCGAAACGACGUCGUUUUUUUAAGCAGUCUAGCUUCUAUGCAGGGUGUCUCGACAGACGGUUGGGCAGGAACGGGCGACCGGGCUUAGCGAGGAGCCGAGAUUUCGGUCGGAAAUGUUUUUUUACCGAUUCGAUUGGGGCAGCUUGUCACGGUAUUACGUCGAGCGUCAACUCGUUGUUUCAGAAACGAAAAACCAACGUUUUCAACGGCCGCGCAACGGCCGAUUGAAGGUUUGCCUUGGUACUGUCGUAGUUAGGCCUAUAAGAACUACCGGCGCCUAUCCCAAUAACUUCCGAUGCGCUUAAAUUCUCUCAAAGAAUGCAUUUGUAAAGAUAUUGGCAUUUUCUAGAGGAAGAACGGGGAACGGUCAAUGUUUGACGUGCCUCUGGCAGCGGCUGUUCAAUCAUAAAGAAAGGCCGUUCCUCAUUUGUCAUCUUGAGCACAAAAUUAAGCGAUGCUCGACUUUGUAGUACGACCAUCGUUCCGGUAAACGAACAUUUCAGAGACGUUUUGACACGCCGCAUCGAGCUUUCGAUCUUCGCGGUUCGUUCGAUGUUGCCACCAUUAUUUUCAGCUUUGUUCAACUCGAUGCGACAUUCAUAGGCCGUGACGACGUCCUGUAAGUUGGAUUUAGGUAGACGAGGUUCGAGGCGGGACGAUUUGUUCGGAGAAACCAUCGAAAUGGUGUCGUUCGGCCCCGCCCAUGUCGGUUUGCGCAGCGGCGCACUCAUUUUCACGGUGCCUUACCUCUGUUUUAUUUGUGGCUCUGACUCCCCUUCGUUUGUGUGUCCCUGUGUUUGUUCUGGCCCGGUCUACUAUUGAGUUUUAUCCGCCCCGAUCCUGUGGCAAGUCGAGAAUGGCGGCGCAUUGCCGAGUCACAUGUGCAGCUAACGCCGGAUUUCUUGGGUCAUACCGACGUGCUCCUUGAACGACUUGUCCGCCCCGUUUUGGGGGUUGCCCCUGGCUGAAAUCAAAUAAUGCUCUAAACCUGCAAGUGGUGUCUGCCUGUCGUAUCUGGUCUUGCGUUUGCUUUGCAUUAUUUCAUACAACAUUUUUUUUUUUUUUUUUUUUUCAGAUAAUAGUGAUAUUGUUUUCCCUGGUUAACUCGCAUUUGCUACAGACAACGAAGUCGGUCCCCUUGUUUUUUUAUUCGCCUUUUUUUUUAUACGAAUCUGGAUCGGCUGUUCGCUUGGUUCCGGUUCUGGAUUGGGAAGCCAGGGACUUAGAAAUCUAGGCUACAGCACGUCCCAUCGUUAACUCAUCCGCAUUGUAUGUACGGUUAUGUUUCUGUUUUGGAGUGUGAUAGCGGGUGGUCAAUGUGACUCGGUAUUUUUCCUGCGUACGAAGAUAUUGGGGUUUGAACACUUUGAGGACGGGGGAAACGGAUGUUGCUUAGUGGCAGGGUUGCAUUCCCGCGUUACAUAAACUGCCGCUGCCACCUGGUGUUCCGUGAAGGUUUUGUGCUCAAGGGCAUUGCCGAGUGAUAGGGGUGCAAGAAGGGUCGCCAAAGGUGUGUUCUGUACGCUACAGCACUUGAGAUGUUUCCGUAUCACACGAGGGUAGUGGAGAAAUGAAACUGGUGUCGAAAGUAUGUCUUGCUGGUGCCGCUGCGACAUGAAGCUUCACAAAAGUGUUUUCUGAAAACGUUUGAACAUGCACACGGGAACACAUUUUCAACCCAUUCAACUUCGUUAAUGUUGGCGGAGGAAGCAUCUACGGGUCUUCCUGAUGUUAUUGUGCGUAGACAGUGCUAAUAAUCCUGGACUGUGAUGAUAAUAAGUAGUAUAUUGCUGUCCCUUAUAGGCCACUUUUGACAACAGAUGGUCUAUUGCUGUGGACGCAAUACUUGGCGGUACUUAAAGCGCAGCCAGUGCACCGUAACAUCUAGGAGCAGGAUAGUGGUGUCUUGGCAAGUCUUUCGUAAUGAAAAUACUUUUGUUUUUUCUGAGACUCAUUUAACUUUUUAUAAAAUGCUGGCACCAGUAAGAUGUACUUUCGCACGUAAAUACAAUGUGUCGCGUCACACGAGCAAUUUUCUGUUUGCACCACAAGUCCGUUCUUUACAAACGUGGCAUGAUCUAUUAUAAAAAGUCGGGGCAUUGGUUUCAGUCGGCCAUUCCGUUUCCGGAGGAUUAAUGUGAUCUCUAAUUCUCGAAUCUAUCCAUGCUGUGAAGAAAGAAGCGAGACAGAUUACGGGUGUAUGCAUUCCAUUCACUAAUUGCAGUAGGGAUUGAUUGCAUUGCAAGGAACAUGCGAGAGAAGCGCACACUUUUGGGAAUGCCGUCCAAGCUUGAAGGUUGGCGAAAGUUUGCACUGCAUUCUUGUGCAGCAAUACUGUUGGAUGGCAGAUAUCAUGCGAUGAUUUACGUUACAGCUGUUUGAGAACUAUAGGUCGUCCCACGUGUGGGAAUCGCUAUAAUGCCCUUUCUUUAAAGUUACAUGUUCAUGUACCAUUUACCUGGUCAUGGUUCCAGUGUUUGCAGGCUUUUCCGAGUUGCAUACAAUGUCUUAAGGUUUGCCCAAACUAUGGUCGACGACAGGUUAGGAGUGCCAUACAAACUUCGCCUCCAAUGCAAGCUUUCUGCCUUUAGUAACACGUCUCUGCAAGUGCAGAUGGCAGAGGAUCUACCGCAUUUUUAACCUGUCGCCGACUCCAGGGUUACUUGACCUCAUCUUAGACAUCUCUCGAACGUUACAUGUGUCCUGGAACGUUAUCACAAGGGUCCUCCAGUUAUGAGCGCAUGUUCCAGUAUUACGACAUGUCUUCUGCCAAGCUCCACACAUAUCACGGGGAAAAAACAAACAAAAAACAUUCCACAAUUUUGUAACAAUUGGGAGGAUGGGGGAAAGGGGGGGGGGAGUGCUGUUUAUUUAUUCGCAGUGUUUAGCUCUGGACAUUUUUGUAUGUUGGAAGAAGUGCUAAAUGUGAUGGGAUAAUUUUGGUAAUAAAAGAUAAAUGCAAUAAAUGUGUACAUUCAUUA